AUGAUCAAACAUCAAAAUUCAUUGUUUUUAGAAGGCCUCCAAAUAGUUACCCUAUGUUUCGUUUGGUAUGGUGUAUCGGCAGUAGGCAAUGUUAUUGUAAAAGAAUUACUCAAUGAAUUUCCGUUUCCAUUGACAGUUACACUUGUACAACUUUUCAGUGUCUGGAUCUUAAGUAUCCCACUACUUCAUUUUUUGAAAGUACCACCACCUGAAUUUCUUCACCAAAAUCGAAUAUAUUAUUUGAAAGUCAUUAUUCCAUUAUCAGUAGGCAAAUUUCUCGCACAACUAUCAUCACAUGUUAGUCUUUGGAAAGUACCUGUUUCUUAUGCUCAUACAGUCAAAGCAACUAUGCCUCUAUUCACUGUACUCUUGUCACGUUUAAUUCUACGUGAAAAACAAUCAUUACCUGUUUACUUCUCCCUUAUUCCUAUUAUUAUUGGUGUGAUUGUUGCAACAGUUACAGAAAUUUCAUUCAAUGCAGUUGGCCUUAUUAGUGCUUUACUCUCAACAUUUGGUUUUUCAUUACAAAAUAUUUAUUCAAAAAAAUCUCUAAAAGAUAUUUCAAUUCAUCAUUAUGCAUUACUUGCUUUAUUAGCUAAAAUAUCUUGGUGCUUGUUUGUACCGUUUUGGUUUUUUUAUGACGGUAUUGAUAUAUAUUCUAAUACGAAAUAUCAUUCUCAUAAUAGAGCGAUGAAAAUAUUUUUCUAUUUAUUUAUUGAUGGCAUACUGAAUUUUUUACAUAAUGUGGUAGCUUUCACGAUGAUUUCACUGGUAUCACCAUUAUCAUAUAGUAUCGCGAAUAGUACAAAACGAAUAGUUGUUAUUUGCAUCUCAUUAUUUAUAUUGAGAAAUCCGGUAACAACAACAAAUGUUCUGGGCAUGAGUUUAGCUCUACUCGGUGUUAUGUAUUACAAUAAAGCUAAAUAUGAUCAACGUCGUGCUCAACACAAACAAGCUAUUAUACCAUUGGUUCGAAGUCAACCAAAUUUUAAUUCAAUAAAUUUUGAUCAUAUUCGAAUGAAUCAUCCUGAUGCUGAAUUAACAGUUCGACAUCAUCCAAUAUUAAAUAUGAAUGGCCCAUAUUAUAAUGGUUUUAUUCCGAAUUAUGCAAGUCAAUCAUAUAAAAAUAUUUAA